GUAAAAGUAGUGAAGUUCUCCUACAUGUGGACCAUCAACAACUUCAGUUUCUGUAGAGAGGAGAUGGGGGAGGUUUUAAAGAGUUCCACCUUCUCCUCUGGACCCAAUGACAAGAUGAAAUGGUAAACUUCAUUAGUCACAACAUUUGCUGUAUUAAUACAAAAAAAAAAAAAUAUAUAUAUAUAUAUAUAUAUAUAUAUAUAUAUAUAUAUAUAUAUAUACAUAUAUAAAAAAAAUACUGUCAUCAAUUCAUUAUACAUAUACUUAUAAAAUGCUUCUAGUCAGGACAAAGAGUAUUAUCUUGAUCUCAACAGCUUUUUUUUUGUUGUGAAUAAUGACGGGUAAUACAGCCUCUGCUAAACUAAUAUUCUGUUGUGUUCCUCCUCUGUUUCCUGCCCAGGUGUCUGAGAGUCAACCCAAAAGGACUGGAUCUGGCUGUACCAGAACUAAUAUUCUGUUGUGUUCCACCUCUGUUUCCUGCCCAGGUGUCUGAGAGUCAACCCAAAAGGACUGGAUCUGGCUGUACCAGAACUAAUAUUAUGUUGUGUUCCACCUCUGUUUCCUGCCCAGGUGUCUGAGAGUCAACCCAAAAGGACUGGAUCUGGCUGUACCAGAACUAAUAUUCUGUUGUGUUCCACCUCUGUUUCCUGCCCAGGUGUCUGAGAGUCAACCCAAAAGGACUGGAUCUGGCUGUACCAGAACUAAUAUUCUGUUGUGUUUCUCUGUUUCCUGCCCAGGUGUCUGAGAGUCAACCCAAAAGGACUGGAUGAUGAAAGCAAAGAUUAUCUGUCGUUGUAUUUACUUCUUGUUAGUUGUCCAAAAAGUGAAGUCAGAGCGAAGUUCAAGUUUUCCUUAUUGAACACUAAAAGAGAAGAGACUAAAGCUAUGGGUUAGUAACAAACACAACUGACUUUAUGGAAAUCAUCAUUCAACAAACAUACUAGUUACUUGUAUUCUCCUAGUUAGAGCCUCAUAGACACAAACUAAGUGUGUUUUGGAUUCUGCCUCCUCCCUGCAGAAAGCCAAAGAGCCUAUCGGUUUGUCCAGGGGAAGGACUGGGGCUUCAAA